CGCAGUUCUUGAGUCUUCGUACCUGACAAUUCUAGCCCUCGUGCUACGCGGAUACAAACAUGAGUCCGAUCUAGAACCCCAAUCCUUUAUAUAACCUCCCUCCGAGCACUUUCAGUGCGGAAUAUCCUCACAGCUCCACCGCCGCCAAUCCCACAUCCCCACAACCUCCAGUAUGCUCUUCCCCGUCCUCACCGCCCUCCUUCUCACCCUCCCAACCAUCACGGCGCAAUGCAUCCCCAAAUCCCACCCAGUUUCAAACACGAUCUCGACACCCUUCGCCAUUGAAGUACACAACGCCUCCUACCCAGAUCUCCACGACCGCCGCCUCAACUUCUGGAAAGCCGGUGGCGGCGAUAACCACCUAUACCUCUCUCCCGCCGGCGACGCCGUGAGCAACCACACGCUCGUCGCCGGCGUGCUGACGAACUCGGAGUGGUGGUUCAACGGCGGCGUGACAAUUCGCGCGGUGAUCAAUGGCGAGUACACCGCAUACGACAACACGACCAAGAUCUUCAUGACACAGCGCGGCGAUCCGCGCGCGUUCUUCAACGUCUUUGAUGGCUGCAGUCCCACCACUGGCGCACCGCAGAAGCUGUUGAAGCUUGCGAAUGGCGGCGAUGUUUGCGUGAGGCUGGCGAGCGGGGAGAGGUAUGAGUUUAGGUACUCGGGGAAGGGGAAUAAGAAAGCGGCCGCGGGGUAUGGGUGUGUUACGGUGACUUUGGGGGUGGUGCCGUCGUAG